AUGGAUUACCAGAGCUCUCCACUUGUGCUCGACCAGCCACCUUCGCAACAGGCUGAUCACCAUGCUACAACCACACUCCUCGUUAACGCUAAUCAACACCACAAUGCCUCAAUGGCGGCCCAGCAGCAAGCCCUUCUCGCCUCAUACGAUGCGCUUGCUCAACUCGGCUAUCCAUCGGUGACAUCGGGUGGAAUGGGAGGGAUGAGUUCAAGUGGAGCACUUCAAACGAUGGACUCAUCUUCCUAUUAUUACACCACUCCGCAACAUCAACCCGAGAUGUGGCAAGCGCAAUUCGCGCAACUCCCAUCCAGCUUCAGCCAGCUUCCCCAAUCGCUCGUCACUCCGAGCACACCGACGACAAGGCAUUCGCUUAUUUAUGGCCAGCAUGGGCUACAACAUUAUGCAAUGGAUCCCUCCUUCUACACCCCGAACGCCUCGUCGUCUUUCGGUGAUGCCAAUUUCUAUCAUCAGCUCGUUCAUCCACAAAUCUCUGAACCAAUCCCCAUCGAACCGCCGAAACCACUCACGAAGGAAAAGAUGGCGCAUUUCUUAUCGAAUCGCGAUCGUUUAGAGUGUCGUGUGUCGAUCUUUCACGCAAAAGUCGCCCAGAAAUCGUAUGGAAACGAGAAGAGAUUUUUCUGCCCACCCCCGUGCAUUUACAUCGAGGGUGAUGGAUGGAAAGAGAAGAAAUCCGCCGUGCAAUCGCUUUACAAAGAGUGGAGGUUACAACAAAAACGUCUCAAUCAGUUCCCUGAGUACACACCAGAACAAGAAAAACAACAAGAGGAACAGGCAGCUGAAUUGGUUUCUUAUAUUGGAAUCGGUGGCUCAUCGGAUCAAGACAAACAAACACUCGAUUUCACGAAUGGAAAGGAAUAUUGUGCAGCGAAAACUCUUUUCAUCUCGGAUGCAGAUAAACGAAAAUACUUUGAGUUAAACGUUUAUUUCUUUUACGGAUGCCAACAUCAAAUUGGGAUUUUUGCUAGUCAAAGGAUAAAGGUGAUUAGCAAGCCAUCCAAGAAAAAGCAAUCGAUGAAGAAUACGGACUGCAAAUAUCUUUGUAUUGCAUCGGGAACAAAGGUAGCUCUCUUCAAUCGUCUCCGUUCACAAACCGUUUCCACUCGCUAUUUGCACGUCGAAGGCGGGGCUUUCCAUGCUAGUUCAUCUAAAUGGGGCGCUUUCACUAUUCAUUUAUUUGAUGAUGAUCCAAAUUGCGCUGAAUCUGAGAAUUUCAAUGUGAAAGAUGGUUUUAUUUACUAUGGAGCCGUCGUGAAAUUGGUGGACUCAGUCACGGGGAUCGCCUUGCCGAAGCUCAGGAUAAGAAAGGUCGACAAACAGCAUGUGAUUCUGGACUUGGGCGUCGAGGAGCCCGUGUCACAGCUGCACAAAUGCGCUUUUCAGAUGGUCGAUAAUGAGAUGGUCUACUUGUGUUUGAAUCACGAUAAAAUCAUUCAGCAUCAGGCAACUCGGAUAGACGAUCACCAUCAUCAGAUCAACGAUGGAGCCGCAUGGACGAUCAUUUCCACGGAUAAGGCUGAGUAUGCUUUUUAUGAAGCAAUGGGCCCAGUGAGAGACGCGGUCACACCCGUCCCUGUUGUCAAUUCGAUCGAUAUGAUGCAAGGCCAUGAAAACAUUGCCCGAAUCGAGCUGCAGGGGAUUAAUUUCCGGCAGAAUAUGAAAAUUUGGUUUGGCACGACUCCCGUUGAUACAAUGUUUAGAUCAGAUGAAUCAAUGACCUGUGUCGUGCCAUCGCUUGCACUUGUUCGAGAAGAUUUCUCGAAUCCAGAUACACUUGAUGUGCCAAUCUCUCUCGUUCGCGACGAUGGCGUAAUCUACUCAACGAAUAUGACAUUCAGUUACAAGACAGUUCUCCCGCCAAGACGUUAU